AAGAGCAAAGAAGGAAUCGGAUGAUUUGAAAAUGAAACUCAUCAUCAUUGUAGCGGUGGUGGUUGUUUUGGUUGGUGGAGCUGUGGGAGCUGCUGUCUCUUUUUUGCAAGGUUCAUCAGUAUGCAAUGAUCCAGAAUCAUUAACAGAUCCUGUGAAGAUUAGCGAAUGCUUAGUGGUCAACUGCAAGUUUGAUGUAAGCAAAUGCACACUACCUUGCCCUAUGGGUUACAGCACCAAAGGUGGGGAUGAUCCAUGUCCAAAAAGUUGUAAGUGUUCAGCGGAGGGAAGUUUUGAAGGCGAUAUUCAAUUCUAUGAUGAUGAUAUUCCAGAAUUGCUAGGGAAGUACGGUUAUGUGGAUAAAGAUGAUGAAGAAUUCUCUUUAUUUGUUGGAAGUGCUCUCUAUGUUAAAGGCAAAAUAUUAUGGGACACCAAGGCUCUACCAUCUGGUCGUAUUCCUAUUGGUUAUAAACUAGAUAGGUUUUUGACUGUUGCAAAACGCCUUAAAAAGGAAAUGGCGAAGGCUAGCAAAAUGUAUUCAGAUAACACGUGUAUUGAUAUUGAGCCUUAUGAUCGAGAAAAACAUGGAACUCAUUAUGUUGAUAUUACUCUCGGGCAAGGAUGCAGCUCUAUGGUUGGCUAUAAAAAGAAUAUUAAACAGCAGACAAUGAGUUUGCAGUAUGGUUGUCACUAUUCCGGAAUCAUAGUUCAUGAAUUUCUUCACACUUUGGGAUUUUAUCAUGAGCAGAGUCGUCCAGAUCGUGAUGACUUCGUAAAGAUUCACCUAGAUAGAGUAAAAUACGGCAACGCUCACAAUUUUCAAAAGUCCCGUGCAUACUUCGUAAAGGACCUCAAAUCACCAUAUGAUUUACAGUCAAUUAUGCAUUAUAGUACUAGAGAGUUCUCAAAGAAUGGUCAACCAACAAUCACACAUGCAGGAUCAGGUAACUAUAUUUUUGAACUUUUGUAAGCUGUAAAAGAAUCAAAUAUUUAUCAAGUAAACGACCAAAUUAAUUUACCACA